AUCCCCAAUUACCCUCAAUUAAAGCGUUGGGCAGCUUCAUCUUCUUCCGGUCGACCCUCCCUGCCUCCCAUUCGCGCGCAGCUUCAUCAGUUUAUAGUCUACCCACCCCCCUUCACGGAAAUCGCCGCCUGUUAAAACCCUAAUUUUGUCACUCUCCCGCAAAGACACCUCCGUUUUCACACUUUCCGGCGAACUUCGUCAUGGCGUAUAAAUCAAAUCCGACGAAGAACGACAGUGGGAAGAAGAAAAAGAAGAAGAGCAAGUCUGGGCCGAAGGCCAUAAGCAUGAAAACAAAAGCUCCAGCUCCCAGUCCUUUUGAAGCCAUCUGGUCUCGCCGGAAAUUCGAUAUUCUUGGCAAAAAGAGAAAAGGAGAAGAACGCCGUGUCGGCCUCUCACGCUCUCUUGCUAUAGAAAAGAGGAAGAAGACUCUACUGAAGGAGUAUGAGCAAAGUGCAAAGUCCUCCAUGUUUAUUGACAAGAGGAUUGGGGAGCAGGAUGGAACGCUUGGGGAGUUUGAUAAAGCUAUUAUUAGGUCUCAGCGCGAACGGAGGCUGAAUUUGAAGAAAAAGAGCAAGUAUAACUUAUCAGACGGAGAAGAUGAGGAGUUGGAUGGUAGUUUCUUUCAAGGAAGGGAUGACUUUCAGGAUGAAGUACCAUUUGAUGAUGAUGAGGACGAUAGAGUUGAUACUAGUGGAAAGAGGUCAGCAGCCCUGGAACAACUUGAUUCUCUUGGGGAAAAUGAUGCGCAAUAUGGUCAGAUUGAAGGCGAGGAAAAUAGGCACAAAUCCAAGAAAGAAGUGAUGAAAGAAGUCAUGUUGAAAAGUAAAUACUAUAAGGCUCAAAGGGCAGAGGAAAAAGAAGAGAAUGAGAAAUUGCUUGAAGAGUUGGACAAAAAAUUCACAUCAUUGGCGCAGUCAAAAGCAUUGUUGUCGCUAACACAACCAGAAAAAAUUAAAUCUCUCAGAGCUCUUGUUAACAGGAAUAUUCCAAAUGAUAAUGAAGAUAAUAGUGAAGCAGCUGAUUCUAAAAGAACAGAUUCAUCACAAAAGGAACAAUCUGAUUGGUAUAGCAUGCUACUAAGUGAAGUAGAACUGGAUCGGCGUGCUCAAGCAGCAGAACUAGCAAAGACACCCGAAGAAAUGGCACAGGAGGAGAAAGAGCGCCUGGAAAGAUUGGAGGAGGAACGGAAAAAGAGGAUGGUUGCUGCUGAUGACUCCAGUGAUGAAGAUGACAAUGCAUAUAAAGAAAAAGAGGCAUCUAUCAAAGCACCAAUAUCUGGGGAUGAUCUUGGUGACUCAUUCUCUCAUGAUGAAAAAUCCAGAUCUAAAGUGGGCUGGAUUGAUGAAAUCUUGAAAAGGGGAAGUCAGGGCAAUGCUGAAAGUGAUGAUGAAUCUUCUACUGAUUCAGAAAACAAUGAUGAUGAUCUGGAUGAAGAAGGAAUUCACGAGGAAGAGGAUGAGGAUGCGGAUGAGGACGAGGAUGAGCAUGGGAAUUCUCAGACUGUAAAAGACUGGGAACAGAGUUAUGAUGAAAAUCUUGACAUUGAUUUAGAGGAAGACAAAGAUGGAGAUGAAUUUGGGGAGAAAUUUGCUAAACAGUCCAAAGAAGUAAAUAAAAGUAACUCAUUAGAAGCAGAGGGGAAGGAAAAGUGUAAUGAUCUGGUGAGAGAAAAAUCAAAGGCAUCUUUGCAGCAGUAUUCAGCGCAACAAGUGGAACUUCCUUAUACUAUUGAAGCUCCAAAAUGCUUUGAAGAAUUUACUUCACUGUUAGACAAAUGCUCUGAUGAUCAAGUAAUUGAAGCAAUUAGGAGAAUUCGUACAUUCAAUGCAAUCAAGAUUGCAGCUGAGAACCGGAAAAAAAUGCAAGUAUUCUAUGGGAUAUUGUUACAAUAUUUUGCAGUUCAGGCAAACACAGCUCCAUUAAACUUGAAGCUUUUGGAUUUUCUUGUUAAGCCAAUUAUGGAGAUGAGUGUAGAGACCCCAUAUUUUGCAGCCAUAUGUGCUCGCCAGCGCAUACAGAAAACUAGGGUUUUGUUCUGCGAAGAUCUUAAGAAUGAAGGAAAAAGUGGUUGGCCUUCAACGAAAACCCUAUUUCUUUUGAGACUUUGGUCUCUUAUAUUUCCAUCCUCUGAUUUUCGCCAUGUUGUCAUGACUCCGGCUAUGCUAUUAAUUUGUGAGUAUUUGGCACGGUGUCCUAUCACAUGCGGCCAAGACAUUGUAGUUGGAUCCUUUUUAUGCUCUCUGGUGCUCUCUAUCACUAAACAUUCUCUGAAGUACUGUCCCGAGGCUAUAAUCUUCAUUCAAACAUUGCUACUAGCAGCCUCAGACAAGCAACAAUUAGAUUCUAAAAACUCUCAGUUGAAUACUAUUUUAGAGAUUAAAGGAGUGAGGCCUCUGCUUCAUAUACAAAGCAAGGACGCAGAGAUUAAAGAUUUGAAUCUUGUUAUGCUGCUGGAGUUACCAGUAGAGUCCUCUUACUUUAGCUCCAAUGAUUUCAGGGCUAGCAUCCUUGCAACAAGCAUGGAGACACUUCAAGGAUUCAUCAAUAUUUAUGAAAAGUUUAAUUCUUUUCCUGAAAUCUUUAUCCCGAUUUCAAAACUUCUGAAUGAAUUGGCAGUACAGAAGCAUAUGCCAGAUGCAUUGCAAGAGAAAAUCAAUGGGGUUAUCCAACUAAUUCAUAAGAAAGUUGAGUACCAUCACGUGCUGCGUCAACCUCUAAGAAUGAGGAAGCAAAAGCCUGUCCCUAUCAAAAUGUUCAAUCCUAAAUUUGAAGAAAACUAUGUUAAGGGCAGAGAUUAUGAUCCAGACCGUGAACGAGCUGAGAGAAGGAAGUUAAAGAAACGCUUGAAGCAGGAAGCGAAAGGGGCAGUUCGGGAAAUUCGUAAAGAUAAUCAUUUCUUGUUUGGGGUGAAGGAUAAAGAGAAAGCAGGACUAGCAGAAGAAAGGAGUGAGAAGUUUGGGAAAGCUCUUGCUUUUCUUCAAGAACAAGAGCAUGCAUUUAAAUCUGGGCAAUUAGGAAAAGGCAAGAAAAGAAGAAGGUGAAGUUCCAACUUCUGGUGUGACACCCAUAUGGGAAAAAACAUCAAACACAUACUCCCUCCCCUUGAGAAGAGACAUCUUGGAGGCUAUUUUUGGCAUUUUAGAAAUACAAAUAGCUAUGUGCAACAAUCUU